AUGGAUCUUGGGCGAUUUCCGGGGGUGGCGGUAAUUACAGGCGCUGGUGGUCAUGGAAUCGGGGCCGCAACGGCCCAGGCUUUCGCGAUAGCAGGCUGUACGAAUAUAGCUAUUACUGAUAUUAACGCGAGUGGGCUUCUGGAAACACAGGAGAGCAUUAAUCGUGUGCAUCCUGGAGUUAAGCUUUUCGCCAGGGCCGGUGACAUUGCUGAUGAAGCCUUUGUUGAAUCUUUCAUGGACAAUGUCUUACAGGAGUUUGGCCGCAUCGACUAUGCUGUCAACUGUGCCGGAAUACUAAGCUCUCCUCUUCGUUCUACCGAACUUUCCCUUGAAGAGUUUGACCGGAUUAAUCAGGUCAAUUAUAGAGGCUGCUGGCUAAGCUCGAGGGCACAGUUGAAGCGCAUGAUCAAAGGAGCGAUUGUCAAUGUUGCAAGUCAGCUUGGUAUCGUGGGACGCCAUGCUGCACGUGAGUUUCCCCCCGUCUAA